AUGCGAGAUUGUCCUAUGUUUGGGCAACAAAAAGGUAAUAGGCCAACUGCUAGCUCAGCCGGUUCCACUCCUACAAUAAAGACCCCGACAAGGCCUACUACUUCUAGAGAUAAUGUUAGGCAAGGAAGAGUCUUUGAUCUUAUUCCGGAUGAUGUCCAAAAUUUAGAUGCUAUGAUUUUAGGUACGCUUUCCGUCAAUGGCCAACCUGCUCAUGUGCUACUUGAUUCAGGUUCCACUUAUUUUGUUGUUUUGAAAACCUUUGCUCCUAAUUUGAAUAGAUUUAUGGAACCCUUGAAUUAUGUGUUAUGCGUGUCUCUCCCAUCUGCGGAUUAUAUGUUAUGUGCUUCUAUGUAUCCUACAUGUGAGCUUUUACUUGGAGAUAUUUCAUUAUGUGCUAAUUUGAUGCCUCUUGAUAUGGUACACUUUGAUGUAAUUUUGGGAAUGGAUUGGUUAGCUAAGUAUCAUGCAACCAUUGACUAUGUGUGUAAACAAGUUAUUUUUCGUCCACCGGGUCAAGAUGAGUUUACUUUUGUGGGACAUGGGGUAAUGCCUCCACCUUAUUUGAUAUCGGCUAUGAAAGCUUGUAAACUAAUUCAUAAAGGUUGUAGAGGUUAUUUGUGUAGCAUUUUGCAUGCAGAGACAACUGAAGUGGGCGUUGAAAAUAUUCAGAUUAUUAGUGAGUUUUCGGAUGUAUUUCCCAAAGAAUUGCCAGGGGACUUGAUAGACCCUGAGAUUGAAUUUGUCAUUGAUAUUGUACCGGUCAUUCCAUUUGGGGUUACGAAUGCACCAGCAGCUUUUAUGGAUUUAAUGAAUCGGGUUUUCAAACCGUACUUGGAUGAAUUUGUGGUGGUAUUCAUUGAUGACAUUCUUAUUUAUUCGAAGAGUAGGGAGAAACAUGAAAAACACUUGAGAUUGAUUCUUCAAACACUCAGGGACAAGAAGUUAUAUAUAGAAGCUGUUGUGAAUUGGCCUGCUCCUACCAAUGUUACAGAAGUACGUAGUUUUAUGGGUUUAGUAGGUUACUACCAAAGAUUUGUUAAAGAUUUCACCAAGAUUGCGGUGUCGCUCACCCAAUUGACUCAAAAAGGUGUUCCAUUUGAGAGGACAGAACAGAGGGAGUUCGCUUUCGAAGAAUUAAAGACACAACUCACAAUAGCACCAAUCCUCGCUUUACCAUCAGGUACAGAAGGGUUUGUGAUCUAUAAUGAUGCUUCUCAUAAGGGUUUGGGGUGUGUGCUUAUGCAGAAUAGAAAAGUGAUUGCGUAUGCAUCUCGACAAUUGAAACCACAUGAAAAGAAUUACCUUACGCAUGAUUUGGAAUUAGCUGCUGUGGUGUUUGCAUUGAAGAUUUGGCGGCAUUAUCUUUAUGGAGCAAUAUGUGAAGUCUAUACCGACCACACGAGCCUCAAAUAUUUCUUUACUCAAAAGGAGCUUAAUAGGUGUCAAAGGCAGUGGUUGGAACUCAUCAAGGAUUAUGACUUGUAG